AAUGCUCUACCGACUGAGCUAUCCAGGCGAGUUGAAAGUCUAUGAAUUUUAUUUGGUAGUAUUUUUUUUGUAUUACUAUCCACAUUAAUAUUUGUAUUAAAUAUUGCUUUUAUAUGCUUUUAUAAAGCACUUUAAAGGCUAUUAUAUGUCAUAUUUAAGAAAUAAUUUAAUGAUCUCUUAAAAGGUAAUAUUUAGGGCAGUAUUUAACGUACACCAGAUGUAUAUGACAAAGUGUGCUUUAAGUUUGCUAUGCAAUGAUAAUGAACUCCUCGAAAUCUAAGUGCAGCUUUAAGUAUUAUAAAUAAUGAAAAAGGCGAUUUAUCGUUUAUAUUUAUUUAAGUUUCACAUUAGCUGAGGCUACCAUUAAAUGUUAAAUAGCAGUCAACAACCAAAAUCAAUUGUCUCUUAACCUCAUCUUUGCUUAACGAGAAUGUAACAAUAUUUUAAUAUACAAGAAAGAUUCGUAAUAAAAAAUAUAGUAAAAUUAUUGAAAUAAUUCCUUAUUCAAGUUUCAAAUUGUUUUAUAAGAAGACAAUGGAUGUUGCUACUCCAACUCCUCAGGAUCUACAAAGAAAAUUAUACUUCUUGGUAGAACAACUUCAGCAUAUGGCUGGUGAACUCCCUACGAAAUAUCAAAUGAGACUUCCUUAUGAAUUAUUGUCUGGCUUAGCUAAUUCUCUAUUGAACGACACAAUAUUUGAGAUUGUUAAGGGAUUAAUGGAAAUCCAACAUGUUACGGAGAAACAUCUUUUUCAACAACGUCUUCAAUUGCUGAAUCAACAGAAGAUUGAAAUGCAAGAAACAUUAACAUCUACGUUCACAGAUGAGGAAAGGGUGACAAUAAAAGCAGCAUUACAUAAAAAGCACAAAGAAGAAUUAAAGCAACUGGAUAUGAAGUUGGUUCUACAAUUGGAUCAGAAAGUAGCAGAUCAACAAAGUAUUUUAGAGAAGGCUGGUGUACCAGGAUUUUAUGUUACAAAUAAUCCUACUGAAAUUCAAGUACAAAUGAGAUUAUGCGAUUUUAUAAUCAGACUCAGUAAAAUGGAAGUUCCAAGUUGACGCAAUGAUAAUGUAUAAAGAAGCUACAAAUGAAUUUAACAGUAUUCUUCAAUAAACAUAU